AUGGAGCCGUGGCUUGACUCGCUGUCAGAGGACUGGAAGUCCGAGCAGCGCUCGUCGUCGCCGGUGCCUUCUUUGCCCAGUAGCCGUAUCCAUGGCAGCGUCGUCCUGUCCAGCUCUCAAAGCCGCAUCCCACACCUCGCAAACAAUAUGCGCCAAGAUUCUACCACUGGCAGUUUCCUGCGACACCGGUCAACACACGGCCGGGCUCGCCAGAGUGGCCGUCCUAUCCUUCGAGAACGAAGCGCAUCGAAGCUGAACCUCCCCGCUACCUUCGGCUCGCAAAAGACCUCGAGUCUGCCACGGCGAACUUCCAGCGCGUUUUCGGAGUCGCAAAACUCUGUACAACAUCACUCUGUGCGAGAAAAGGCUACGCUGGCAGAGACGCCUGAGUGGAAGAAGCGCCUUGCCGCAGGCGAAGACGUCAACAGUGAUGGCUUCGACCUCUUCUCGCCGUCGAAGUUGGAAGCCGUAUUCAAACAACCAAACUCUUCGCAACUGCACAGCGACAAGGAUGCUGACCCUACGGAAGCGGGCUUCAACCGCAAGCCCUUCAACGUACCCUCCUCCAAUCCUUUCCUUGAACAGUAUUCCAGUUACCGUGGCACCACCAGAACUCGUGUGAAUCUAGAGGUGCUGGAGGAGCUCAAUGAGGAUGAGGAGCCCGAACAAUACGGCCUUUCGGCAGUGUCGUCGGACGUUGUCAAGAAUGGUUCCCUCAGAGGACUGGUCAAGCAGCGGGUACAAUCGCUAGAGCGCACGGAGGACCCUCGCUCUGGUCAGUCAUCUCGAAAUAUAUCGUCCGCGGAGGAUCACAGAUGGAACACGAGCAGCGGGCUAGAAGAGCUAAAGAACGAGUUCAUCAGCCCGGUCACAGAGUCAAAACAGAACUCUAUCCGGAAUACCGUGCUACGCAAUCCUCUCGAUCUCGAUGUACAGGCACUACAGGGCAAGCUACAACAGGCGUGCUUGGAGGACGAUGCACGUCCAUCUUCCAGUGCGAGUGACAGCUAUAUCGACUAUGCCAGGAAGGACGACACUGAACAGCCCUUGCACGAUGAACCCUUACCCGACCUGACCUCACAGUCCCUACCGGACGACCUGUCAAUGGGCACUCAAGUCUUCGAGACAAACGGAGGCUUCAUCAAUUCCCGACGUGGUGGCCGUUCGAAUGAAGCCUCAUUCCACCGCAAAAGCCUGAGCUUGAGCCAGGAGCAUUCACGCCUCGACUCAAACACACGACCUGAUAUCCAGAUCAACAGCUCGCCGCCACUUCAUUCCCGGCAUUUCGACGAGAGCAUUGAAGAUAGUAGGAUCAGUGUCUCUGCGCCAGCAACCCCUCAAGACACCAGCGUCGUUCAUCACACAGACAGCCAUCUCCGGCCCACGUCUUCUGGUAGUCCGCUGAAGCUAUUUGGGAAUAGAGAUACAUACACAAACAACAAGUUGAUGCGCAUCUUGAGUCAUUUCGAAGAGCCCGUUUCCUCCCCCGGGCAACCGGGGCCCGAGGACUUAGCUGAGGGAGACCAAGAGCAUGCUCUGCGGAUGAGCCAAUUUGGCCAGGGUCAGCUCGAUGGGUUCGGCUUUGAGCAGAAUGUCCGCAAGCCGUCGCCUAUUCAGCCUACCGGGGUGAAGCCAGAAGAUAGGAUCUUCAUACCUAUUGAGUCCGAACACCGUUUGACCGUUACGGCGGUGCAAGAGCAUACGGUUGAAAGGGUUGAGCUUGCUGGAGCAGAGAAAGACAGGACGACAAAACGACGCAAGACGUUGCUCGAGGAAGAAAUACUGCCGCAAGGUUAUGAGAGCGAGGCUAAGGUCAGCGAGCUCGAAGAGACAGCUACCCUUGCAGGCAAGAAACGGAAAGAUGCUCGACCUGGCACCGAGGGUGUUCCAGCAGAUCCAGAUGUCCUUGCAUCCCGAGAUUUCCUAAGGCCAAAAUCAACGAGAAAGUCUUCCGUUAGCCGCGUGCCGUCUACUCCGAAUGCUGAACCAGAUGAUGUGCCAAAUUCAAAUCAGGCCGCAAACGAAGACCUUACUGAGGCUCUAGCUGCGGAACUCGCAACAUUUACACAAGGCGCUGUUGAAGUCAACAAUGAUUCCCGCAAGGCCUCACUCGCCACGAGAGACUACAUGGAAGAAGCAAAUAAAGUCAUGCAGUUUAUUCGAUCCCGAGGAAAGCCGAAGCCUGCCGCCACGAUCCCGGAAAUCCGUGAGCCAACAGAGAUGUCAGAGAUCAAUCCAGAUUCCAUCCUGGAUCUGGACCUGGACGCCGAGUCCACUAAAGACGAUUUCUCACGGCCGCCAUCACGGGAUCACACACCAAAGCCGGCCGUCGAUCGCCGCCAUGCGCGGCAUGAUUCACGCACAGCAAGCUACCUGCGAAAGUAUCGCGAUGAAGAUGACUUGGAUGCUUUGGGUGGCACUUCGGUAUUUGGUACGCUCGCUACAGCAACGAACAAAGUUCAAUCCGAGGUGGUGGAAACAUUUGCUGUCGAAGAGAUUCAGGAAAGCGACCCUCCCAACAUGCGCAUUCUGAACCCAUCUGAGACUAUGAGGAAGCGCAAAUACUCAAGUUCUACCGUUGGUCAGGACCCGACCCUGAACCUGCAAUCGGCCGCCCACAAUUCCGGCCACAGUUCGACCCAGCAUUCUUUCCCUACACAGUCAUCCGCCUCCGGCAACAAAGGCGUCAUAUCGUCAGGAAGUGUGUCCAUCCCGGAUAAUAUUGGCACGAUGACAUUCGACCAUGAAAAGAAGAUCUGGGUCAAGAAGAUGUCGGGGUCCAAGCCUCAGAGCAGGCGUGAACAGCAGACUUCAACCGAGCCUGACCCAUUUGAGGACAUACCUGAUCUCAGUAUCGACGAACAACAAGAGCUCCAAGCCAAAGCUCGCGCUUCCAAGCUGGCUGGACCCCAGGAGAACGAACACGCAACUGAAGAUGAGGCGCAGAACAACAAGAACAACUUGCCGACUCCUCCAAAGACCUCACCUGUGACCGCGGCAAGCGUCGAGGAGCGUGACAUGGCCGUAUCAGAAGCUGAAGACAAUACUGUGGAGAUAAUACGAAGUUCUCUCCGCUCAAAGACCUCAGAGCAUGAAGCAAAUCUCCACAACGGCAUCCCAUCCAAACCCCCCAGUCAGCUCAAGGACGAUCGGAGGCAAGCGCGGGUCGUCACAAUCGCUUUCUCGUCGCCGGUGGUCUCGGGCGUCAAUUACGCCAAUCUUUCCGAAGAAGACUUUAGCGAGUUGCCACGAGAGGAGGACCUGCCUCUGGACGAUUCCGAGAUUCAUCUUGAAGAUGAAGAUAGGGAAGACAUUACACGACAGAGAUCCACCACAGCACCGAUGCUUCCGCACAUAAAGCUAGGCUCGGUGCCGGUCCUCGACCAUGAGCAAGCAAAUAACUUCCAGCCUCGGACUAUCUCACCUAUUCUGGAAGACGACGAGGAGCAGCUCGAUCCGCGGCUCAGCCUGAUACACGUCAAGCAAUCUAAGGUCGUAACGCCAGCGCCGAAUAGGUCCAUUGCGAAGCUCCAGAAGGGCGCGAACAAAGCUUCAAGCAUUCUUUGCCUAACGCCUUUAUCGGACUUCUCGGUUCACCAACUUGACAGGUCGAAAGACCUCGAUCAGAGCUAUGUUGAAGAAAGAAAGCAUCCGCACGCUUUGCGCCAGGCCCAUGGCUCGUUGGCCCUUGCUGUCGAUGAGCUUGUCAAAGCGAUAACCGACGCUGCUCCUGAUGAGCUAUUCUGGGACCAACUUCGAAGCCUGGACCUGGCUCCGAGCAGCGUGUCCUCGGUUCACAGCUUGAAGGAAUAUUGUCCCGUCUUGGAAGAACUGGCGAUGCCGGGCAACCCAAUAUCACAGCUUGGUGGACUGCCGACGUCGUUGCGCGUUCUCGACAUCCACCAGAGUAUGGUUAAUGACCUGUCUUCGUGGGGUCAUUUGCAAAACUUGCAAUAUCUAGAUGUAUCCAGCUGUCAGCUUGAGAGUUUGGAGGCUUUCAGCUCAUUAGUCCAUUUGCGCAAGUUGAAGGCGAACAACAAUCGUAUCUCAAACAUCGACGGCAUCCUGGACCUCGACGGGCUUCUUGAGCUCGAGCUCAGCAACAAUGAGAUGACCCACGUCGACUUUCAAGGGUGUGGAUUGAGCCGACUGAAGAAACUAGACUUGAGCCAGAACCAACUGGAAGACAUCACAAACCUCAGUCUUUUGCCUGGCCUUGAUGAGCUAGACGUCUCUCACAACGCCAUUCGGAGUUUCUCACAAACCGAGCAAAUGGCACUGUGGAAGCUGGAAAUCGCCCACAAUGAACUCGAAGUGUUUGGUUUAAAGCACAUGGCAGCCCUUCGUUAUCUGGAUCUGGACUGCAACAAGAUUAAGGCUCUACACGGUUUAAGCUCUGCCUACCACCUCGAAUUUCUUUCGCUGAGAGAGCAGAGAGAAAAGUCUACGAUUGUCGAAUCUGUCCUGAGCACUCCGAAUGAGUGCCGACACAUCCGCUUAUCGUCGAAUUCUGUGGUCAAUGGCACUUUCAUCCUGCCAGCAGCGCCUCAAAACAAUCUUCGUGAGCUCGAAAUCGCUGCCUGUGGCAUCACGGAUCUCCCAGAACGGUUCGGUCUAUUCUUCCCCAAUUGCCGGUAUCUAAAUGCGAACUUCAACGCUAUCAAAGAUGUGGGGCCACUCCGGAAGAUGGUGCAUCUGAAUACCUUGCUGCUGGCCAGAAAUCGCAUCCAAAAACUGAGGCGGACGUGUCUUGUCAUGUCUAGGCUUCCAUCGCUGAAGCAGAUUGACCUCCGAGACAAUCCCUUGACCGUGGGAUUUUACAGUCCUGCAACUGGCCAUGUCCAUCCAUGUGAGGCACGAUACCGUCUGCCUGCAGGCUCAGAUGCAGAGGAUGCUACAUGGAUGAAAGUGCUCGAUGAGAUAACGGGGCUGAAAAGACGUACCAUUGAGUUGCUGCUUGCUGAGCACUGCAAAGAACUCGUGCACCUUGAUGGACUUGCUCUUCAGCGAGAGCGGUUGGUGGCCCAUGACGAAACGUGGACCAGGCUGACCAGUAAGGGAGUGCUCCUGAAGCGGACUCCUGGUGUCAUCAACGAAGUCGGGAGUCAGGGCGGCUGUGGAGGUGGUGCUAAUGAUGGUGGCUUUGCCCAGCAAGCGCCGCGUGCUAAUGAUGAAGAUGUGUUUGACGGAUGA